AUGUCGGCUACAUUCACCCCAUCCACCGCUGUGGGCGAUGCAUCCAAGGAGCGCGAAUGGGCAGCACAACUGGGCCUGCUGGACUGGGACAACACUCGUAUUGUUUUCAAUAAGCGAUCGCUCUUGGAAUUCCUCAAGUACGCCGGCGUGACCGUCGAUCCUAACUUCACGAACAUUCAGAAACUUCCGAGAUAUGCCACUUUCGGGACCUUCUCCUCAGCUGGAGACGAGGGUGCAGCAUCGUCCCCUGCUCCGGCUGAGCCUGUAGCUUCCAAAGGUCCAGAUACGGGAGAGUACCGGCCGUCGCGCCGCGUGCGUACAGCACCUGGUGGUUCUCAUUCUAACAUUUUUGGUGUCGACAACGACGACGCAUUGUCCUCUGCUCCUCCGCGUCCUGAACCACCUGCACAGCGUGUGCCCGAGGUCACCGCCAGCGCGACACCGCCAGCUGCGGCGGAACCUGCGGCUUCUCCAGAAAUAGAGGACACAACCCAGGGAUAUAGUCGGCCAAGGCGCUCCACAUCUGGCGUUGCAGGAUUGUGGGAGGAACCUGACCCGUCGCAGCAAUUCAAACCCACGCGUCGUGUCCGCGAAAUGCCAGGAGGCAAAGACAGCAUCUCGGGUCUGUUCUGA